CAGGCUACCUUUGAUACAAGUAUAGAACUGUCUUUGGUCUGGGUUGGUGAUGGAUCAGGGGUUGUACUUGUCCUAACUACUUUCAAACUUCCAUUCAUUAUUGUUUCAUAUGGACAGUCAAAGCUGUACAGGAGUGAGAACUACGGUAAAAAUUUUGAAGACGUAACAAGUCUCAUAAAGAACACAUAUAUACGCACAGAAUUUGGCAUGGGUCUUGGUCCUGAGAAUUCUGGAAGGGUUGUUCUGGUUGCUGAAGUGUCUGGAGGGAGCAGUGGUGGUCGUAUAUUUCGAUCUUCGGACUUUGCAAAAACGUUUGUGCAAACAGAUUUGCCUUUCCACCCUUCGAGGCCAGUAUCUUACAAUCCUGAAGAUCCCACAAAUCUGCUGCUUAUUAGUAUGCAAUAUGAACUAUGGGUAUCAAAGGAUUUUGGAGGAACAUGGAAGCGAAUACAUGAAUCUGUGUGCUCUGCUAAAUGGGGGCCCAAAAACAUGAUCUUGUUCACUGUAACAUCCGCAAAUGAAUCUUGUUCUGACUGGUCUGAGGCAGUUUGGUCCCUAACUAUGAAGAGGACAUCUGACUUUGGUCAAACAUUCAACGUGCUGAAAGAGCAUGUCCACUCGUUUGGAUUAUGGGGUCGUUUUCUGUUGGCAUCUGUUAUGGAAGAGAACAGAAUGAAGAGGAAGAUCCACGUAUCUCAGGACCUUGGCAAUACAUGGAACGUUGCUCAACUUCCAUCUGUUACACAUGAGCAGUUUUACUCCGUGUUGGCAGCCAAUAAUGACCUGAUCUUUAUUCACGUGGAUGAUGAAGGAGACACAGGCUCUGGAACCAUAUACACAUCUGACGAUCGAGGCAUUGUUUAUUCCAAAUCCUUAGACAGACAUCUUUAUACCAAAACAGGAGGAGAAACUGAUUUCACCAAUGUGACAUCCCUCCGUGGAGUAUUCAUCACAAGUGUUCUCAGUGAAGAUAAUUCUGUCCAUUCUGUCAUCAGCUUUGAUCAAGGAGGAGAAUGGAACCGCAUCAACAAACCGGUAAAUGCCAAAUGUGACUCAACAGCAAAAGACAGUGAAAAGUGUAGUCUGCAUAUUCAUGGCCAGUAUAGUAUAUCACAGAAACUUGCAGUCCCUCUUCCACCAAUGUCUGAGCCCAAUGCUGUGGGGAUUAUCAUUGCACACGGCAGUGUGGGGGAUGCAGUUUCAGUUGCUAGCCCCAGUGUGUAUCUCUCUGAUGAUGGUGGUUACUUGUGGAAUCGUGUACUGGAUGGCCCUCACCAUUAUGCAAUUUUAGACUCUGGAGGGCUUAUUGUGGCAGUAGAGCAAAGUGAAAUCCCUAUCAACACAAUUAAGUUCUCAACUGAUGAAGGGCAAUGUUGGUUAGCCUACAAUUUCUCCAGUCAACCUGUAAUAUUCACUGGUUUGGCCUCGGAGCCAGGGGCACGUUCACUGAAUGUCACUGUGUGGGGGUAUGAGCCAGGAUUUUUUCAAAGAGUUUGGAAGUCCUACACAAUUGACUUUGCUUCUAUACUAAAUAAGAAUUGUGAAAAUAAAGAUUACAUCAGUUGGUUGGCACAUUCCACUGACUCAGAAGACCCCUCAAAUGGUUGUGUUUUGGGAUACAAAGAACGCUAUCUUCGCCUACGGAAAUCUUCAGUUUGCCAGAAUGGGCGGGAUUACUUAGUGAGCAGUCAGCCUCAGUCCUGUAAUUGUACACUGGAAGACUACAUGUGUGACUUUGGAUAUUUCCGGAAGGAAAAUGAGUCGAUAUGUGAGGAACAGCCUGAAUUUAAGGGCCAUGACCUAGAACUGUGUAUAUAUGGGGAAGAGGAAGAACUGAAGACAAGUGGGUACCGUAAGAUCCCCGGAGACAAGUGCGCCGGUGGCGUGAAACCCACUCGUCAAGAAAUGGACAUGAAGAAGAAAUGCCCAGUUGAUGUGCCAGCAAAAAUGCAGGACAACACGGCAAGCUCUGUUCCUGUUAUUUUAUCUGUAGUUGUGGUUCUGUUAGUUGCUGUUGCUGCAGCCAUCUUGAUAAUCAAGAAAUAUGUUUGUGGUGGUAGAUUCCUUGUACACAGGUACUCUGUCCUGAGGGAGCAUGUGGAUACUACUGGAGAUGAACAGUUGGAUUCAAAUAUUGGUGCAGCUCACAGAAGUAAUAGUUAUCGUGAUGACUCUGAUGAG